UAAGUAGAAACACUGGUCUGUGGUCAUCGAUGACAGGUCUGACAGAGUGUCACUGUUAAGACAAGAAACUCUUUGAUCUUUGGUAAUAAUCGCUGAAGCCGGGACGUAGUUUACCAUCCAUUUAUAAGUGUAUACUGGAUAUCCUGAAAUGGCUGCACCAAUCAAAGUAGUUGUGACGGGCGCUGCGGGCCAGAUUGCCUACUCACUCCUUUACCAGAUUGCCUCUGGUGCUGUCUUUGGCCCAGAGCAGCCAGUGUACCUGCACCUUCUCGAUAUCGCUCCCAUGAUGGGUGUCCUUGAGGGUGUGGUUAUGGAAUUGGCAGAUUGCGCGCUCCCACUUCUUGCUGGAGUAUUGCCCACAGCUAACCCUGAAGAGGCUUUCAAAGAUGUUGUUGCCGCCUUCUUGGUCGGUGCUAUGCCCAGAAGAGAGGGUAUGGAGAGGAAAGAUCUCCUUGCUGCCAAUGUCCGCAUUUUCAAAGAGCAAGGUCAGGCUCUCGAUAAAGUCGCUCGUAAGGAUGUCAAAGUUCUCGUUGUGGGCAACCCUGCUAAUACCAACGCUUUAAUUUGCUCGAAGUACGCCCCAUCAAUCCCCAAAGAAAAUUUCACAGCUAUGACUCGUCUUGACCAGAACCGCGCGCAGUCCCAACUCGCUGCUAAAGUUGGAGUUCCUGUUAAGGAUGUUAAGAGAGUAAUCAUCUGGGGUAACCACUCUUCGACCCAGUUCCCUGACGCUUCUAACGCAGUCGCCACUAUUGGAGGAGCUGAAAAAUCAGUGGCACAAGUCAUCAAUGACGAUGAAUACAUGAAGGGUACCUUCGUCACGACUGUACAGAAACGUGGUGCCGCAGUGAUCGCAGCAAGGAAAAUGUCGUCCGCUCUUUCUGCCGCUAAAGCAGCGUCGGACCACAUGAGGGAUUGGUUCUUGGGCACUGGUGACCGAUGGGUGAGCAUGGGCGUUGUCUCGGACGGGUCUUACGGCGCCCCUCCCGAUGUCGUGUUCUCAUUCCCUGUCACCGUAAGCAACGGCCAGUGGAAGAUCGUUCAGGGCCUGACAAUUUCCGACUUUGCGCGCCAAAUGCUUGACGCUACUGGCAAGGAGUUGGUUGAAGAGAAACAGGAGGCCCUCGAUGUUUGCAAGGACUGAGUAAAUAUAGAUAUUUAAGCAAUAGAUGUCAUGCAUAGACAUAACAUGUUUUGUUACUGAUUGGCAAUAAAUUGUCAUUGUUAUAAUUUGGUUAUUGUAAUUUAAUCAUGGAAGGUCAUAAGAUCAAGUGAUAUUAUUUAAACAUUUAUUUUAUCAUUAUGUUUAGCUCUACAAAUACUUGCAGAAUUCUCAUGCAUUAAAUGUUUUGCGACAAAUUUAUUGAGAUUCGUAGCUAGUAAGUAAUAUUUCGUUUUUCUGUCGAGUUUAAGAUCGUUACAAUAUAGUUUCCGAUAUUUUAUCUAUUA